CUGAUUCUGGAUUGUACUUAAUCUUAACCAUCAUGCAGCAUAAAUGCAAUAGCAAAUAUAAUUUGCUCAAUCGUAUCAUUUAUGAACUGCAAAUAUAGAUUUCACAAAAGAUUGAUACUAGAUUAAGAUGGCAGUGGCUCUGUACGUAUUUGAGUAUAGAUACGCCAGAAACUGAGGAGCCAAAAGAAUAACCCUUUCCAAUUUCCAGAAAGUGAAGAUUGACCGUCCUUAUUUGCUGGUGUCGGUAUUGAAGUCUUUUUGGAGCUUUGCCAGAAGAAAGUUGUUAUAAAAAAUGAACAGUAUUCCAGAUAAGACGGCGAAGAAUCCUGUCACUGCGGCAGUUACAGUAGCAGUAACUGACCAUGUCUUAGCUCGGGCUGUGUACACAUUGAUAAGUGUAUUGAAGAAGCCAGUAGCUGAAUUAAUCAGAACAGGCCUGGAGAGUGUUAGCCAGCUCGCUCCACAAAGACCGAUAAAACAGCAAGUUGCUGCAAUACCAAGAAGGGAGACAUUUUGGACAGCUUUAUAUGCUGUUCGACCAACUUCAUUCGCAUCGCUGGCCUUCUUUAAGGAUGCAGACGUCUGCAAAGACGUGAAUGUGCCGGGAAAAACCAGAUAUCCAGCCAAUAGGAUCCAGCAGAAAGUCGCCGCCAAAAUAUUCGAUCCGGUGAUUCAGAUGCAUGCUGAGGUUUGUCUUCUGACACAGUCCAAUUUCGGGGGACAAGACAACGUAGGGACGGCAAGCGAAAACGGUUAA